GAAGCGGCAUUCUUUGCGUAGGCCUUUCUUGUUUGAAGCUAUGGUCAUUUCCCCAUUUUCUUUUCUUCAAAUCUUCUCUUGGGGUUGAGGGGAGCAAGAGAUCGAGGUCCUCCUCCACAUUCUUGAUUUCCCGGCGACAUUGUAAUCUUCAAGCCUUUUUUUUUAAAAAAAUUUACGUACAAGAUUUGAACAUGUUCUGAUACGGAAGGAGUUGUUGUCGGAUCGGAUUGUCUCUCCUCCAGUGCCCUCAAACCCCGGGUGAGACGAGAACAAAUGGACUUAGCCUCGAAUAAGAAUACAGUACCAUUAAACCCAAAGAAGAUGGAGCCAAUCCCAAAACCAAAGUCCCCAGCUGGUGUGAGCCAUUUUUCUUUCAAACUUUGCGAUAACGUUCCUAGAAACCCUCACUUCGACCCCAAGAAGAUGGAUCCUCUGGCAAGACCUGAACCACGCUCUGUCAAAUACCAAUCUACAAAGUCUCCCGAGACUGAGACUGAUUCUAACAAGUUCAUCAAGGCAGAUUCCACCACCCACAGCGAUAAGAAGAUAAAUCAUCAUCUCCUUCGAUGGACCAACGGUAAUGUUGAUUCAAAGUUCAACAACACAGAAACCGAUAGUUUGACGGCCCCGAUCAAGCCUCACACGGGAGGGGACGUGAGGUGGGAUGCCGUCAACUCAGUUGCUUCAAGAGGAACCCAAAUGGGCCUUGACAACUUUCGACUUCUGAAACGUUUGGGGUAUGGUGACAUCGGCAGUGUCUACCUCGCCGAGCUGCGAGGGACUGCCACAUUUUUCGCCAUGAAAGUCAUGGAUAAGGCUUCUUUGGCUAGCCGAAACAAGCUGUUGAGGGCUCAGACUGAAAGAGAGAUUCUCUCCUUGCUUGAUCAUCCCUUCUUGCCUACCCUUUACUCUUACUUUGAGACUGACAAGUUCUACUGCUUGGUUAUGGAGUUUUGUAGUGGCGGCAAUCUAUAUUCCCUGAGACAGAAGCAGCCCUGCAGGCGUUUCACUGAAGAGGCAGCAAAGUUCUACGCGUCGGAGGUGUUAUUGGCACUGGAGUAUUUACACAUGCUGGGAGUUGUGUACAGGGAUUUGAAGCCGGAGAAUGUUCUGGUGCGAGACCAAGGCCACAUCAUGCUCUCUGAUUUUGACCUCUCCCUGCGAUGCUCCUUCAACCCAACCCUCGUGAAAUCCUCCUCAGUAGGAGGAGGAGGCAGCAACGGGUCUGGGGCUAUCCUUAACGAAGACUCUGCCGUCCAUGGGUGCAUGCAACCCUCGGGGUUCCUGCCGCGUCUGCUACCAUCCAAGAAAUCCCGAAAGGCGAAAUCAGACUCAGGAAUAGGAGGGGGAGUGCCGGAGCUAAUGGCUGAGCCGACUGAUGUAAGAUCAAUGUCGUUCGUGGGGACGCAUGAGUACUUGGCACCCGAGAUCAUACGAGGGGAAGGACACGGCAGCGCUGUUGACUGGUGGACCUUCGGGAUAUUCCUGUACGAACUGUUGCAUGGGACGACGCCGUUCAAGGGACAGGGCAACAGAGCCACACUGCACAACGUGGUGGGGCAACCGCUUAAGUUUCCGGAGAACCCACAAGUGAGCCCUGCGGCUCGUGACCUCAUAAGGGGGCUUCUGGUUAAAGAUCCUCACCGGAGGAUCGCUUACACGCGCGGAGCCACCGAGAUAAAGCAACACCCUUUCUUCGAAGGCGUGAAUUGGGCUCUGGUGAGGAGUGCCUCACCUCCCCACGUCCCCGACCCCGUCGACUUGUCGGCUUACGUCUGCAAGGGAAAGAAGACCGAGAAGCAAAUCUUGACAUGUGCUUCUGGUCCCACCGAUGAUACGGCUUACGUUGAUUUUGAGUACUUUUAGGCACCUUUUUUUUCCCCUUCUUUCUCUGUAAUAUAUAUUACCAUCUUUCAGCCAGAUAUACUUGAAUUCAUAUAUACAGGAAUCAGAUACACACUUCUAACACGGGGUAUUUGACACAACCGUUAUACAAGUUGGAUUAUUUUUUUUACCUUCAA